AUGGGAGAAGGAGAGGUGAUUGUACUGCUUUACGCCGCCCUGGUGAGACCGAUGCUGGAACGCUGCGUCCAGUUCUGGGGUUCCCACUGGACAUAUAAAGGCCCCCACGGCCAGGCGCACUGGUCAGAUGACUACCCGGACUGUGGGGGGCAGGCCCAGUCCCCCAUUGAUAUCCAGACCAAGUCUGUGCAGCACGACCCGGCCCUGCCGCCUAUUGAGCCCCAGGGAUACCAGAGCCCUGGGGAUGGGGCCUUCACCCUCUUCAACAACGGGCACACAGUGAAGAUGUCCCUGCCCCCUUCCAUGUUCCUCCGGGGGCUUCCGCAGACCUAUGCGGCCGUCCAGUUGCACUUCCACUGGGGCAGCAGGGGGCAGGCCGGUGGGUCGGAGCAUCAGGUGAACGGGGAGGCUUUCCCUGCCGAGUUGCACAUCGUGCAUUACAACUCGGAGAGCUACGCCAACAUCAGCGAGGCCAAGCAGCGGGCGGACAGCCUGGCCGUGCUGGGCAUCCUCAUCGAGGUCGGCGACGUGGCCAACCCUGCCUAUGACAACAUCUUGGAUCGGCUGAAGAACAUCCAGUAUGCAGGACGUCACCCUCUCAUUAAGACUUCGGCUGCUACCUACCCCCACAGACCCCAGCCCAAUUGCAGCAACCAGUUUAUGGAGCGAUGCCCCAAGCUAUAUGCAGCCAGAACGAAGAGGAUCCGGGAGCAAAAGGACGUUGUGUUCAAAUCCUCUUCCAGCCGUGCAGUGUCAGGCGACAGCCACCGCCCCUGA